GCUUAAUCUAACGGCUGCAAACCACGUCAUUCACUAUGACUUGUGGUAUAAUCCAGCAGUAGAAAACCAAGCCACUGACAGAGCAUUCAGGUAUAGAUAUACUGUAUAUUGAUUGUGUUUUCUUUACGCUUUGCUGCUUUUCCUAAAACUCUGUUCCUGUAUAGAACACUUAACACUAUACCAUUACCAAGCCAAAUAGUAUACCCAGUUAUUUAGAGUAACUUUCUUAUAUUUCAUGAGAUUUAACUUUUUACAGUAAAUGUGUUAUUGUGUUACGCUAAUCAUGUAUCUUCGGCAAAAUUAGAUUGAAUGAUCAUCUCAACCUUAUGUUGUUCCACUCCUGAAAACAUGCGUUGCCUAUAGAAUUCAAAUUAUGUUAGCAAAAAUGGCAGAGCAAAUUUAAAACUAUCAUUCGGAGUUAGAAUGAGCUGUGGCUUUAUAUUAACUUAGCUAUAGUAUGAAAGUUAAAAAACAUCACUUAGACGAAUGACCAGUUAUUUUCAGUAUCAGAGAGUUCCUCUCAAAUUCAAAUGUUUUUUAUUCCAGAAUUGGUCAGACAAAGAAUGUAUUUGUUCAUCGCCUGAUUACUCAAAAUACUUUCGAAGAGAAAAUUGACGAAAUGUUGAAACAGAAACAAUCCUUAUCAGAUAUGAGUGUCAGUGUUCAGGAAAGUUGGAUUACAGAACUAUCGAAUGAAGAUCUUAAGAAACUCUUCAUGAGAACACCUUAA